UGCAGAAGGAAUCUCAGGUUCCCUCCCAGCCGAGAGAAGCGAAAGUGCGCGUUCCCGACCUUCCGGACCCUCGGCCAGGACCAGCCUUCCCCGGAGCAGCCCCGCUGCAUAGCACAGCACAGCCUCGGCCAGGACCAGCCAUCCCCGGAGCAUCCCCACCGCAGAGCACAGCACAGCCUCGGCCAGGACCAGCCUUACCCGGAGCAGCCCCGCCGCAGAGCAGAGCAGAGCGCAGCCUCGCAGGAGCUGAGCGCAGAGCCCCGGCAGCAGAGAGAGCGAGAGAGCGAGCGAGCAGCGCCAUGGCCAAGAACACGGCGAUCGGCAUCGACCUGGGCACCACCUACUCGUGCGUGGGCGUGUUCCAGCACGGCAAGGUGGAGAUCAUCGCCAACGACCAGGGCAACCGCACGACCCCCAGCUACGUGGCCUUCACCGACACCGAGCGGCUCAUCGGCGACGCGGCCAAGAACCAGGUGGCCAUGAACCCGCAGAACACGGUGUUCGACGCGAAGCGGCUGAUCGGCCGCAAGUUCGGCGACGCGGUGGUGCAGUCGGACAUGAAGCACUGGCCCUUCCAGGUGGUGAACGACGGCGGCAAGCCCAAGGUGCAGGUGAGCUACAAGGGCGAGAGCCGGGCCUUCUACCCCGAGGAGAUCUCGUCGAUGGUGCUGACGAAGAUGAAGGAGAUCGCCGAGGCGUACCUGGGCCACCCGGUGACCAACGCGGUGAUCACGGUGCCCGCCUACUUCAACGACUCGCAGCGGCAGGCCACCAAGGACGCGGGCGUGAUCGCGGGUCUGAACGUGCUGCGCAUCAUCAACGAGCCCACGGCGGCCGCCAUCGCCUACGGGCUGGACCGGUCGGGCAAGGGCGAGCGCAACGUGCUCAUCUUCGACCUGGGGGGCGGCACGUUCGACGUGUCCAUCCUGACGAUCGACGACGGCAUCUUCGAGGUGAAGGCCACGGCGGGCGACACGCACCUGGGCGGGGAGGACUUCGACAACCGGCUGGUGAGCCACUUCGUGGAGGAGUUCAAGAGGAAGCACAAGAAGGACAUCAGCCAGAACAAGCGCGCCGUGCGGCGGCUGCGCACGGCCUGCGAGCGCGCCAAGAGGACCCUGUCGUCCAGCACGCAGGCCAGCCUGGAGAUCGACUCGCUGUUCGAGGGCAUCGACUUCUACACGUCCAUCACGCGGGCGCGCUUCGAGGAGCUGUGCUCGGACCUGUUCCGCGGCACGCUGGAGCCCGUGGAGAAGGCCCUGCGCGACGCCAAGCUGGACAAGGCGCAGAUCCACGACCUGGUGCUGGUGGGCGGCUCGACGCGCAUCCCCAAGGUGCAGAAGCUGCUGCAGGACUUCUUCAACGGGCGCGACCUGAACAAGAGCAUCAACCCGGACGAGGCGGUGGCCUACGGGGCGGCGGUGCAGGCGGCCAUCCUGAUGGGGGACAAGUCUGAGAACGUGCAGGACCUGCUGCUGUUGGACGUGGCGCCGCUGUCGCUGGGCCUGGAGACGGCGGGCGGCGUGAUGACGGCGCUCAUCAAGCGCAACUCCACCAUCCCCACCAAGCAGACGCAAACCUUCACCACCUACUCGGACAACCAGCCCGGGGUGCUGAUCCAGGUGUACGAGGGCGAGAGGGCCAUGACGCGCGACAACAACCUGCUGGGCCGCUUCGAGCUCAGCGGCAUCCCGCCGGCGCCCCGGGGCGUGCCGCAGAUCGAGGUGACCUUCGACAUCGACGCCAACGGCAUCCUGAACGUCACGGCCACCGACAAGAGCACGGGCAAGGCCAACAAGAUCACCAUCACCAACGACAAGGGCCGGCUGAGCAAGGAGGAGAUCGAGCGCAUGGUGCAGGAGGCCGAGAGGUACAAGGCCGAGGACGACGUGCAGCGCGAGCGGGUGGCGGCCAAGAACGCGCUCGAGUCCUACGCCUUCAACAUGAAGAGCGCCGUGGAGGACGAGGGCCUCAAGGGCAAGCUCAGCGAGGCGGACAAGAGGAAGGUGCUGGACAAGUGCCAGGAGGUCAUCUCCUGGCUGGACGCCAACACGCUGGCUGACAAGGAGGAGUUCGUGCACAAGCGGGAGGAGCUGGAGAGGGUGUGCAGCCCCAUCAUCAGCGGGCUGUACCAGGGCGCGGGGGCUCCCGGGGCUGGGGGCUUCGGGGCCCAGGCGCCCAAGGGAGGCUCCGGGUCGGGGCCCACCAUCGAGGAGGUGGAUUAGAGGCCCCUCCUGGCCCUCCCGGGGUCCUCCGGGAAGCGGACUGGUGGCGCUUGAGGACUGCCAUUGCGCCGUCUGUCGGACUUGGUCCUUCCCUCCUGAGUUCGUUCGCACUGAUGUCCUAGCCUUAGGGACACAUUUAUUCAUUUUGUGCAAUAACUAAUGUUUUUAUAUUUCCUGUAAGUCAGUACUCGGAAGGUGGGUUUUUCCCUAACACUGCCACACACUAUGAUUUGUUUUGCCAGGCUACAAAGUUGGAAAAUAUCCUUGUAACUUCAUAUUGUGCUUAUCUGAAUAUGGCUUGCAAUAAGAGAAAGCCAAAGAAGUUGUGUGUGUGUGUGUGUGUGUGUGUGUGUACGAUGUUAAAAAGAAAUACAUUGGGGCUGGAGAGAUGGCUCAGCGGUUAAGAGCAUUGCCUGCUCUUCCAAAGGUCC